AUGGUGGCCUCUGAGAAUGACUCGAAGCAUACAAACCAAGCGAUGAGAAUGCACGAGUCGGCUGAUCCACCAUUUGAGACAACAUACAAGAGGCUGUUGGAGAAGGUGAUGGAGGCACCGAAAGUGUCGGGCGUGGUGGAAUGCGAGCUUCCAAUGAUCGAUCUAAACGAACUAAAGAUGGGCGAGUUGUCAAAGAGAGCAUGCAAGAAGAAGAUGGCCCGAGCUUCGCAGGAAUGGGGUUUUUUCCAAGUGAUAAAUCAUGGGAUUUGUAAAGAUGUUUUGGAGAAGAUGAGGGAGGAGCAAGUGAAGCUCUUCGCCAAGCCCUUCUCCGACAAGGCAGCAUACAACUUCUCCGCGGGUAGCUACAGGUGGGGCACGCCCUCCGCCACCUGCCUCGCCCAGCUCUCCUGGUCGGAGGCUUUUCAUGUCUCCGUCAGCGACAUACUCUCCUCACCCAACUUCCACACUAAUCUCAGCUCAAUAAUGGGGCAGUAUGCGAGGAUGGUGUCUGAAUUGUCACAGAAAUUGGUGGAGAUAUUGGCAUCAGAAUUGGGGGAGAAAUCAGAUUUUUUCGAAGAGAAAUGUGUGGAGAGCACAUGUUACCUAAGAUUAAACAGAUACCCAGCGUGCCCAAUUUCCCCAGAAAUGUAUGGAAUAAUGCCA